AUUGAAGACAGUUCCAGCGCCCAGCGAAGGCAGUUCUAGCACGGUAGAGAAAAGAUCAUGAUGGGAACGCCGCUACUGCUGUUGUUCCUGAUCCCACUGACGUCAGCCAUAAAUGACAUUUGCAGAGAGAGGAUGGCCACAGUGAACCACCUUCAAAAACGAUGGCCGUUUAUCAAAGGUGAAGGUUCAAUGGACGAUUCAACACUAGAGCCGAAAGCCUUCAGUGCAAAUGAUCAAGGGUCUCUAUUGGAAUAUGCGCCUGGUGUAGGUUAUUGUGGCGGAAAAUAUCCAAUCUGGAGAAAAGAAAGAGGCGAUGGUGUUUCCGUGGUAUGCAUUCAAAACGAGACAAGCACCUGUUUCAAAGAAAUGGAGAUAGUGUCAAAGCAAUGCCAGACCAGUGAAGUGUACAGACUAAGCACCGAUGUUGUUGGGAGCGUAUUUUGUUUUCAACCCAAUGCUUGUAAGGAUGAACCGUGUCAGAAUGGAGGCAACUGCACAAGUACGCUGGAAGGUUUUUCUUGCAGCUGUCCGGACGGGUUUUCAGGACCCACCUGUCAAGGAGAUCCGUGUAGUAACACAACGAUGUUACCCUCUAUCGAUAAACGUCAAGCUGAGGACAACAAAGUCUCUUUAAACGACCAGACGCUUCAAGCAGGCUGGUAUGCUGUUCCCAGAGGGAUGAAGCUUUUGGACCAACGACCUAAAGGACGGUCCGGUUGUUCAUCAUGGUAUCCCAUUUAUGCUAUAGGGAGGAAAGGUGACCAGGUCGCCAUGUGCACUGGUACGCCAUAUACAGCAUGUGCUGGUCCCUUCGUCACCAUGGUAACAAAAUGUGAAGACAGGGAGGUGUACGGAAUUUUCAAACGGGCGACGUGGUCAGCAUACUGUUUCGAAUGCAACCCAGGCCCUGUUGAUCUUCUCAUCAUCGAGGAUGUCUCUUCUUCCGUUGAGAAACAUGAUAAUGAUAAGGCACAUGAAUUCGUCAUGAAUUUUGUCAAUGGCUCUAGUAUCAGCAAGGAGGAAAGCAACGUCGCUUUUAUUACUUUCUCUUCAAAGGCACGCGUUGGCUUCAAUUUGAAUACAUAUGACAACAAAACAAAUGUUCUCUCAGCUCUAAGUUCUCAGUGGGGUACGGGUGGGGGGACAUACCUAGAUCCCGCCAUCAAACUGGCCAACGCGAACAUCUACACUGAGUCUAGGGGGGAUCGUCCAGAUGCGAGGAACGUGGUUCUAAUCAUCACCGACGGCAAAUACAAAGAUGAUGCUGUCGUGAGCAUACAGGCGCUGCACGCAAAGGCGGAGGUGUUCGUCGUCACAGUGACGUCGAGCGUGGAUAAGGCUGGUAUCGCGAAGAUCGCGUCUUCAAAGGAUCACAUAUUUGACGUGGGUGGUGCCCUGAGUUCGAUCUCUACUGCGGUUUUUGACCCCUACUGCAACAGUACUGUUCCUGCUUAAAUCAACUACCUGUAGCUGUGUCAAAGAAAUAAACAUGCAAAGUCAAAAUAG